AUGUCUGCACAGCUCGAUAUUGAUGAGCCGAUUGGUCAAGGGAUCAUGGACGACGGGAACCUUUAUGGCCGGAGUGAUCCGCCAGCGGCACCGACGGCGUCAAUGGUUCAGAAGACUGUGAGCGCGUGUGCUGGUGCGCUUCUCACUUCGUUACUAGUGACGCCUCUAGAUGUCGUCAAGACCCGAUUACAAUCCCAAUCCCAACAGCCAAAUAAUGCUGCAAAGAACGGUCACACAGACUGCCCACCCCGACCUUCACCCUAUGCCUCCUCCGCCCGCUCAAUAUCCCGCAUAACGACAUCCCGCCUCAUCAUACCCUCCGAACUCGGCGUAACAUCCUGCUGUCGCGAAGUCUUCUUCUUCCCAACUCCGCACAGUCCUUCCCUCUCAGCCCUUCACUGUCCCAUGUUUGCCGGUGACCUGUGCGCGGUUGAAAGAAGGUUUGAGGGGACCUGGGAGGGGUUAGUGAAGAUUGCGAGGUAUGAGGGGAUACGGAGUCUUUGGAGGGGGUUGAGUCCGACGUUGGUCAUGGCGAUUCCGGCGAAUGUGAUUUAUUUUGUUGGAUACGAUACGUUGAGGACGAAGGUAUUUCCGACGGAUGCAAAGGCGGCGUAUUACGCUCCUCUACUGUGUGGAGGCAUGGCGAGAGCGCUCGCAGCAACAGCAAUCUCGCCACUGGAGCUUUUCAGGACACGGCUACAGGCAACAUCAUCGACAGCAUCGGGAACGACCUCACACUUCACCCAAGUCCUAACCGGCAUAAAAACCAUGGUAGCCUCCCACGGCCCCCGCUCCCUCUGGCGCGGUCUUUCACUCACUCUCUGGCGUGACGUACCCUUUUCCGGAGUCUACUGGCUCGGCUACGAACAAGCAAAGGAGAUGAUCAGUAAGGGCGGAGGAUGGGGUUUGGGGACGUUUGGAGAGAGUUUCGUGGCGGGUGCGGCGAGUGGGACGAUUGCGGCGUUUUUGACGACGCCGUUUGAUGUUGCGAAGACGAGGAGGCAGGUUGAGGUGCAGGGCGCCACAACGGGAGCGGCGGCGAACGGGGCAGCGCAUGGAUCGAAUGGCGCGAUUGGGAAUGGAGGUGCGAAUGGGAAGACCAAUGGAGGAGGAGGAGGAGGAAAGCCGCAUAGUGUGUCGAGAUUAAUGGCCGAUAUCGUCAAGGAGGAGGGUAUUAGGGGUUUGUGGCGAGGAUGCGUUCCACGGUUGUUGAAGGUCAGUCCGGCGUGUGCGAUCAUGAUCUCGUCGUAUGAGAUGGGCAAGCUGUUGUGA